GCAGAUCACGGGUGGAUUUCUGGAUGUAUGUUCAUGGAAUGCCUAGGCGAAAGUGAGUAGUUGUUAUUGUUGUUAUGGCUUGGGUUUGUGUUUUUACUUCUGUUAGCGCUUGUUGCUAUCAUUCCAUGUAUUGUUGUAAUUGGGUUAUUUUAUAUGUUCAGGUAGCAUGCUCAUAUUAACAUUCUUCAUUAAUAGUUCAUUUAUUACUCUCUAUACAUUUUACUCAUUUAAAAAACAAUUAUGUUGUGUAAACUUUGAUAUUUAUAUUUAGCAUUUCAUCUCAAAUAGCUAGGUAGAUUUGUACAAUGAGUUUAGUUUGCUGAAUUUAUUGAGACUCUCAACCUUGCAGCAAUUUAAAUUGUGCUGGCGGGGAUCAUUAACAUAUUGACCAGGGUUCCCUUUUUGGCAAAUUUAAUUUUAUUUAUUGAUUUUAUUCGCCAGUAAAUACAUUUCUAACACAUUUCAGUGAAUAUUGAUGCUGAAUUCAGAUUUGUUUUCUGAUAGCAAGAAAUGUGUUUUAUAGCAGCCUUCUUUCAACAUAAAUUACUUUAAUUGUACCAUAUUAUAGUUAAUCAAUCUUAAAAUGUAUGGUACUAGAAAUCAUAAUUGAUCUCAAGUUAAAAAACACAUUUGCCUAAUGUGCGUAAUUUUUUCCUGCCAAGUUGCCAACAGUAAACUUUUAAAUCCUGUGGAACCAUUUACCUUAUACACUGAGUGUACAAAACAGUAAGAAAACCUUCCUAAUAUUGAGUUGCAUCCCCCCCUUUUGCCCUCAGAAAAGCCUUAAUUAAUCGAGGCAUGGACUCUACAAGGUGUCGAAGCAUUCCACAGGGAUGCUGGCCCAUGUAGACUCCAGUGCUUCCUACAGUUGUGUCAAGUUGGCUGAAUGCCCUAUGGGUGGUGGACCAUUCUUUUUAUUUAUUAUUUAUCUUUUAUUUCACCUUUAUUUAACCAGGUAAGCCAGUUGAGAACAGGUUCUCAUUUACAACUGGCCAAGAUAAAGCAAAGCAGUGCGAUAAAAACAACAACAACACAGAGUUACAUAUGGGGUAAACAAAACAUACAGUCAAUAACACAAUAGAAAAUCUAUAUACAGUGUGUGCAAAUGUAGUAAGUUAUGGAGGUAAGGCAAUAAAUAGGCCAUAGUGCAAAAUAAUUACAAUUUAGUAUUAACACUGGAGAGAUAGAUGUGCAAAAGAUGAUGUGCAAAUAGAGAUACUGGGGUGCAAUUGAGCAAAAUAAAUAACAAUAUGGGGAUGAGGUAGUUGGGUGGGCUAAUUACAGAUGGGCUGUGUACAGGUGCAGUGAUCGGUAAGCUGCUCUGACAACUGAUGCUUAAAGUUAGUGAGGGAGAUAAGUGUCUCCAGCUUCAGAGAUGUUUGCAGUUCGUUCCAGUCAUUGGCAGCAGAGAACUGGAAGGAAUGGCGGCCAAAGGGGGUGUUGGCUUUGGGGAUGACCAGUGAGAUAUACCUGCUGGAGCGCAUACUACGGGUGGGUGUUGCUAUGGUGACCAAUGAGCUAAGAUAAGGCGGGGAUUUGCCUAGCAGUGAUUUAUAGAUGACCUGGAGCCAGUGGGUUUGGCGACAAAUAUGUACUGAGGGCCAGCCAACGAGAGCGUACAGGUCACAAUGGUGGGUAGUAUAUGGGGCGUUGGUGACAAAACGGAUGGCACUGUGAUAGACUACAUCCAAUUUGCUGAGUAGAGUGUUGGAGGCUAUUUUGUCAAUUACAUCGCCAAAGUCAAGGAUCGGUAGGAUAGUCAGUUUUAUGAGGGCAUGUUUGGCAGCAUGAGUGAAGGAGGCUUUGUUAUGAAAUAGGAAGCCGAUUCCAGAUUUAACUUUGGAUUGGAGAAGCUUAAUGUGAGUCUGGAAGGAGAGUUUACGGUGUAACCAGACACCUAGGUAUUUGUAGUUGUCCACAUAUUCUAAGUCAGACCCGCCGAGAGUAGUGAUUCUAGUCGGGCGGGCGGGUGCAAGCAGCGUUCGAUUGAAGAGCAUGCAUUUAGUUUUACUAGCGUUUAAGAGCAGUUGGAGACUAUGGAAGGAGUGUUGUAUGGCAUUGAAGCUCGUUUGGAGGUGUGUUAACACAGUGUCCAAUGAAGGGCCAGAUGUAUACAAAAUGGUGUAGUCUGCGUUGAGGUGGAUCUGAGCAGCAGCAAGCGCGACAUCAUUGAUAUACACAGAGAAUAGAGUCUGCCCGAGAAUUGAACCCUGUGGCACCACCAUAGAGACUGCCAGAGGUCCAGACAACAGGACCUCCGAUUUGACACAUUGAACUCUGAGAAGUAGUUGGUGAACCAGGCGAGGCAGUCAUUUGAGAAACCAAGGCUAUUUAGUCUGCCAAUAAGAAUGCAGUGAUUGACAGAGUCGAAAACCUUGGCCAGGUCGAUGAAGACGGCUGCACAGUACUGUCUUUUAUCGAUCCUGGUUCUAAUAUCGUUUAGGACCUUGAGCGUGGCUGAGGUGCACCCAUGACCAGCUCGGAAACCAGAUUGCAUAGCAGAGAAGGUACGGUGGGAUUCGAAAUGGUCGGUGAUCUGUUUGUUAACUUGGCUUUCAAAUACUUUCGAAAGACAGGGCAGGAUGGAUAUAGGUCAUGUAACAGUUCUUGAUACACACAGGAAACUGUUGAGCAUGAAAAACCCAGCAGUGUUGCAGUUUUUGACACAAACCGGUGCGCCUGGCACCUACUACCGUACCCAUUUAAAAGGCGCUUAAAUAUUUUAUCUAGCCGGUUCACCCUCUGAAUGGCACACAUACACAAUCCAUGUCUCAAAGCUUAAAAAUCCUUCUUCAACCUGUCUCCUCUCAUUCAUCUACACUGAUUGAAGUGGAUUUACCUAGUGAUAUCAAUAAGGGAUCAUAGCUUUCACCUGGAUUUAUCUGGUCAGUCUAUGUCAUGGAAAGAGCAGGUGCUCACAAUAUGUUUUACACUCAGUGUAUUUUUUUAAUGACUAACAUUCCUGAGUCUUCCAAUGAUUGAAACUAUGUUCUCCAUUUACAGAUCUUAAACCCCUGUCAACUUCUUCUGGAUCACACAACUAUAAGAUCAUCAUGGCAUGCAAGUGAGUGUCAACAUAUUUCAUUGUUAUUUUAUUUGUUAUUGAAUGUUUAACAGACUAUUGACAUACUGUAUGCAAAUAAAAAAUGUAUAUGCAGUUUUUUCAGACCCAGAUUAAACCUACAUCUGGACUACAAUGCAUGCUGAAUGGAGAAUCUCAAUUGAAAGUGCUUUUUAGUCCAGGAAAAGGCUUAAUCUAGGUGCGGAAAACUAGUCUCCACAGUCCACUUGAUUUGAUAAGUAAUCAUGCGAUUGGUUGAAAGCUAUAUAACAUUUUUAGCAGAAAAAUGUGCCUUAUUGGUUUUAAUAUUUUUGCCCUCAGAUCUCUGAGAGAACAUAUGAUUCUUUCUAUAAAGUAAAACACAAUUGUAAGUUACAUUUUAUUCAAAUGGAUAACAUAUGUUCAUUUAUUUCCCAUGAUUAGUGUCACAUCGUCAAAAAUGCAAGACAUUAUUUCAAAAAGUAUCCUUAUCGACCAAGGACCUCCUGAACGGUAUGAACUAGUAACAAAGAAACAGAGUCUGGACCAGGAUGAUAAACUCAGAAGAUGGACCUUUGGAGAGAGAGAUCCCACCAAGGUCAACAGAACCAUUCUGAUGGUGGGAGAAACAGGCACAGGGAAGUCAACUCUGAUCAAUGCCAUGGUCAAUUAUGUCCUGGGCGUAAAUCAGGAGGAAAAAGUCUGGUUUGAGAUUGUGGAGGAGGAAAAAGAGGAGGAAAAAAGAAGUCAGACUGAAACUCAAACUACAGGGGUCACUGUUUAUGAUAUCUUUGGGUUUGAGGACGUGCGAGUCCCCUACUCUCUCACCAUCAUCGACACUCCUGGGUAUGGAGACACCAGAGGGAUUCAAGUCGACCAACUGAUCUCUGAAAAAUUGUUGGAGUUGUUUAGAUCUGAAUGUGGAGUCCAUCUAAUUGAUGCUGUAUGUGUAGUGAUGAAGGCAAGUACAAAUCGACUCACCUUUGAACAGAAGUACAUAUUUGAUGCAGUUUUUUCUUUAUUUGGCAAAGAUGUGAAGAAGAAUAUCGUGGCCCUCAUUACACACUCAGAUGGUUUGGAACCUACCAAUGCUCUGCAGGCCUUAAAAGAUUCUCAAGUCCCCUGUGCAAAAGAUGACAGCGAUCAAUACCUUUAUUUCCUAUUCAACAACUCUCAAAGAAAGAGUGUUACCUCUGCAAAAGCAACUCAGGCCAAGAAAGAAGAACUUAUCUUGAAGACUUUAUGGGACAGAUCAGAAGAGGGCAUGAAGGAUUUCACAGAAUUCCUGGGUGGAAUAAUACCUCAAAAUGUAAAGAUGAUUGAAGGCGUUCUGAGAGAGCGCAAACAACUGGAGGCGUGUGUCAGCAACGUGCGCAAUCGGAUCCACAUGAUUGAUCUGAAACAGGAUGAAAUCAAGCAGACUGAAAGAGCCCUGGAGAAUCACAAGAAAUACAUGGAGGAAAGCAAGGACUUUUCUUAUGAAGUUGAAGAGAAAUACAAAGGAAAGGAUCCUACAAUAAAAGGGGAGGCUACCACCUGCACAGUGUGUGAGGAGAACUGUCACUAUCCAGGCUGCUGGUGGGUCAAAGAUCUCUCAUGGUGCCAUGCGAUGAAGAACUACCACUGCACUGUGUGUACUGGCAAAUGUCACUACACCAAGCAUGUCAAAGAAAAUACAAUGUAUGUUCUCAAGACCAGGAAGGUUACAAGGACAUAUGAAGAUUUGAAAAAGAAGUAUGAAAUCAAUGAGAAAGCAGCUGAGGAGAAAGUGCAUGUGAUCAGCAGACUUCAGUCAGAGUUGGAGCAGUUCACACUACAGAAGGCCAAACUGGUGGAGGAAUCCUACCAGUGUGUCGUGAACCUGGAAGAGAAAGCCCUAAAGGCCGUCUCACUGUCCACUGCUCAGCACCUGGACUUCCUGAUUGACAAGAUGAAGGAGACAGGAAACACAGAGAAGGUUCAGAAACUGGAGGAGAUGAAGAAGAGAGCUGAGGAACACAUGGGAGCUUUAGAUUACUUUAAAGCUGGUGUGAGUGAAGGGUGGAAUAGUUCCUGGGGAAAGUAA